AAGAAAACUUUUUGUUUGUUUGUUUGUUUUUUUAAAAAAAAUUUUUUUUUUUUUAUCAUAUUUUACGCGAUCUUGAACAGUGCUCAGUGAGACCAUCAUCUAUUAAUGUAUGCUUGCUUUUAUGCGUUACAUUGUCGUUGUAGUCAAAUUCGCUAAAAGAUACAAAUUUUCAGAUUUUAAAACAAAUUUAACGGCGGCUGGGGUUUAGCAUACUAAAAUUUGGUUAAGCCAUUUGCGGGUCGAUUGCUUUCCUGCACAUUUUUAUUUAUUAUCUUCUUUUUUUUCCGUCUCGCUGAAAAGACGAUAAGAUCAAAAUGCCGCGACCGAAAAGUGAUUCAAAGUUCCGCGUCUUUAUGCAAGAGAACCUGUUGACCAUGCUGACGGUCAUUGGUGUUUUUGCGGGCGGUCUAGUCGGCUUCAUCAUCAAAAACAGUACCGGAGAUUGGACAAAGCGUGAAAUUAUGUAUAUAUCCUUCCCAGGUGAAAUAUUUUUACGAAUGUUAAAAUGUCUGAUUGUGCCGUUAUUGGUGUCGUCAAUUACUUCUGCUAUUGGUGGUCUUGAUUUGAGUAUGUCGAGUAAAAUCGCUACGAGAGCAAUUGCUUAUUACUUCAUAACCACAAUAUCAGCUGUUGUGUUAGGUAUAUGCUUGGUAACGAGUAUUAGACCAGGACAGGGUGCAAAAAUUGUCGAAAAGCGUAUGGAAUCAGUUGAUAAGGCUUCCAAAGUCUUAACUCCCGACACGUUAAUGGAUUUAAUCAGAAAUAUGUUUACGGACAAUAUCAUACAAUCUACUAUGUUUCAGUAUCGUACCGAGAUCUAUGAGAAUACGAGCAUUUCACCGCCAUUACCUAUGGAGGAAUGGGAUUUUAAACCGGCUCAACGAGAGGGCUCGAAUGUUUUGGGCUUAGUAAUGUUUAGUGUUAUUUUAGGCACUACGAUCGGUCGUAUGCGUGAAAAAGGUCAAUUAUUGCAAGAUUUUUUUACUACCUUGAGUGAAGCGAUGAUGACAAUUACAUCCUGGGUUAUAUGGAUUUCUCCUUUGGGUGUUGGUUUCUUAAUAGCGGCAAAAAUCAUUGAAAUGGACUCAAUUGCAGCUACCAUACAAUCCUUGGGCUGGUAUUUCAUAACGGUUAUGUUGGGUCUAUUUCUUCAUGGGUUCGGUACAAUUGCGGUUAUCUUUUUUUUGGGUACCAGACGUUUGCCAUAUCGAUUCAUAGCUAAGCUAAGUCAGGUUUUAGCGACUGCUUUUGGCACAGGAUCCAGUUCAGCGACUAUGCCGCUAACCAUAAAAUGUUUGGACGGGAUGGGAAUCGAUCCGCGUGUUACUCGUUUCGUUAUACCUGUUGGCGCUACCAUCAACAUGGAUGGUACAGCUUUGUAUGAAGCAGUGGCAGCUCUCUUCAUUGCUCAAUACAGAGAAAUGAGUUAUUCGUUUGGCACCAUAGUCGCCGUUAGUAUCACAGCUACAGCCGCGUCUAUAGGGGCUGCCGGUAUACCACAAGCUGGUCUUGUUACCAUGGUCAUGGUCUUGGAUACGGUAGGCUUGGAACCUAAAGAUGUUUCGCUAAUCAUAGCCGUUGAUUGGCUACUAGAUCGUUUUCGUACCACUAUUAAUGUGAUGUGCGAUGCGUUGGGCACAAUUUUAGUUAAUCACUUAUCGAAAAAGGACUUACAAAAAGUGGAUAGGUUGAAUGACGAGCCGCAUGAACUAAUGGAAUUGGGUGCUAACGGCCAUGAUAAGGAAUAAAAUUAAUAUAUACUUUUAAAUUGCUGCCCUAGAUUUACGAAUUCCGUGCUUUUCCUCCUAAUUAUAAUAUUUGUGCUUUUUUUUUUUGUUUUGUUUUGUUUUUAACUAAUUUUCGUUUACAAUCAUUGAUAAAUAGAAUGUGUUCGUUUCAUUCCAAAAGAAGAGCACGUGAAAAACUACGAAUA